GAAUGAUGAAUAUUAAGAUACUGUUAUGGUUUUGCUUUGCACAUAUCCAUAUCAGUAGAGCAAUACAGUCCUGCCAGAAAUAUACAUGUACACAAGAAAUAGAGACACUCCGGGAGUAUAUUAGGCUCAGCACAACGAGACAAGAUGAUUUCAGCCCAGCGGUAGAUUUUUUUAAACGAUUAGGAGCAGAACAAGGUAUAGAGGUAACGGUGUUCGAGGCUAAUCCGAAUGAUCCUAUUGUUAUAAUGAAAUGGCCGGGGCAGGAUCCUUCACUACAAAGUAUCGUCCUUCUUUCUCAUAUUGAUGUCAAUUCAGCUUGUUAUGAGGAUGGUUGGUCUUAUCCGCCGUUCUCUGGAGCGAUAAAUGAUAAUUGUGAAAUCGUAGGCCGAGGUACUCAAGCUCAAAAAUCUGUUACAAUACAACAUUAUGAAGCUCUAAGGCAAUUGAAACAAAAUAAUGUUACCUUGCUACGAACUGUGUAUAUAAUUGCCACAACAGAUCAAACAACUGGUUCGAAUGGUAUAAAACUUUUUGUUCAAACAAAGACAUUCCAAGAUAUGAACGUAGGCUUUACUUUGGGUAUAGGAGGUCCGACCGACCAACAGGAAAUAUCUUUGUUCAAUAGAUUCAAAACACAGUACGUAAUACGCUUAGACUGCUACGGCGUAUCUGGAUCCAGUGCUGUAUAUCCAAACUCCACAGCUGCAGAUUUCUGUGGAUCUGUUUUAAAAGCUUACAAUAAAUACAGAGAAGGACAAUAUAAACUAUCAUUAAGAACUAGAGAUUCUGGUGAUUAUACAGCUAUUAAUUAUAUUGGGGGACGGACUAUCAUAGAGUACGGCAUGAUACCAGCACACUUGGCGGCAUACUACGUCGCUGACUUGGCACUUAAUACUACUGUAGAAGAUUUUAUUGAAAUAGUUCGAGGAUGGAUUAUGGGUGCGGGUGGAAAUAUAAAACCAAGUUCGGUCUAUAAGGAAGAAGGUGGUAGUUAUUACACUAGGACUGACGACAGCAACCCGUACUACGUGGCAAUACAAGAGGCUUUUAAUGAACUAUGUAUUCCAUUUCGAAUAUUAACGACGCCUUCUACGACAGACACGACGUCCAUUGUGAAAGCUGGUAUUCCUGCCUUUGGAUUGACACCGAUACGGAACACACAGGUCUUGGUGAACGGAGUUAAUGAACGGUUGCCGUUAACCACAUAUUUUGAAGGGCUACGUAUCGUGAAAGAGAUAGUAACGCGUCUGGCUAACAUACCCGAAGACAAAGUGGCGGAUGAUCCUUCCACUUACUUACAGUCAGAUAAAUGUAAUAAAUAUUCAAAUUAAAAAAGGGCAAGCAAUCAUAGGAGUACGAUAAUAAUAAAAAUAUUUUUUAUUAAGUUUUUGUUUAAUCCAUUUGAAUUUAUUAUAUUUUUCUUGGUGUUCUUGUCUAUGUUAUUUUUUAGACAAAUUUAAUUGCUUCUUAAUAAUAAAUAAAAAUUAUGAUUAAAUAAAUAAUGUACAUUAUUAAAUUUUAUAGCAAAAUAAAUGUAUUUAAACUGA